GACCACACGGACGUCGGUCAAGUUCUUCGCGGACUUGCUCCAGGACCAGACUGUCGACCACCUCGUGCGCGUCACCAAGACGUUCAACACCAAUGGGGGACCCCAGUACUGUCACCUCGUCGCCCUUGGACCCGACGGCUUCGUCCUCUGCACAUGCCUGAGGCUUCUCAUCCACGGGCUCGGAUGCCGACAUUGCUUCCGGGCCUUGCGCGAGACGGACUGCGGCUUCGACGGAGGAUGCAUUGCACCCCGCUGGCGUGACGGCACCGCGCCGUGGGAGAUGGCACCCUUGGCCGCGAAGCGUGCGGUGCCAGCGACCACAGCUAGAGGGCUUCCCGGAGAGCUGCCGCCCGCACCUGCGGAUCCUGGCGUUUUUUCCCACUCGACACCCACGGUGAGAUCCGCCAUUUGGGGCACCUGCGUCAACAUGGGGAAGCAGCUCGCUCCUCUCAUGACAGAGAUCGACAACAUCCCCGCCUGCAAUCGCAUCGUGGACAACCUACUCAUCCACGCAAAGCAGCUCAUCGAAGUGGAGUUGAGGUCGCAACAUGACACCUGCACGAGCCGGGUUUUCAAGGGAGUCGGUUCCCGGCCUACGAUCGCCACCGGCCCGCCAGAGGGAGGGGACGGGGAGGCGGGGGCGCGCGGAGGUCGCGGAAGAGGAAGCGGCGGAGGUAGAAACCGGGGGGGGCGAGGAAGCGUGGCGGGAGAGCCUCAAGAGGAAGAGGUGGAAGGGGAGGGGCGAGCCCCGGUGUUUACGCAAUGGGUAGCCGCCGCUGGCGCGGUGAUGGGUUUGUACCCGGCACCCACGAACGGGGCACACGUGUUCGGGGACUCAGGCACACCGCUUCGCUCCUUGAGUAGCGCGCCUCGUGGCGGGAUGGAGCAGGGUUCGCUCGGGUCCUCGAAUUUCGACGCGACACACUCCUGUGCGCCCGAGAGUUUCCAGCAAGCACAACUGAAUGGAGUAAUGUGUCGUGCCAGCGAAAACCACCGUCAGCCCCUGCUCACGCCGCCUGAAGAUGUUGCCUUUUUGGAGGACGUGCAAUCGCCCGAGCGGAAGAAGCACACAGGACAGACUAGGAGGCGCACCUCGACGGAGGGGAGAGAUAAGCGUGGUGGAGGACAGCACGUAAUCCAAGGAGGUGUCCAAGGCGCCUGGGGGAUUUAGCGUGCGUGUAAUUUACUUCUCUCGCGCGUUGACCACGGUUGUAGGGCUGCGUUGGCGUUUGUCCUGUGGCUACUUCGAAGUACACAUUUUUUUUUGUGGGGGCGCAUAUCAUAGAAGAGGGCAUUCUUUCGAAACUUGAGAACCCGGUAGCAGUGGCGGCACGUCCGCGAGGGAAGGCAGGGAUAGAGCGAAGUUGAGGGAGUAGUCUUUGGUUAGUCGCCGCACUGCGUUGCCUUCUGUAGCGUUUUGGCUUGCGCUCAUGUCCGUAAAGCGUAUUGCAAAUGUUUCGUGCCGGUCUUUUUGCAGCUUGGUGGUCUUUUUGCAGCUUGGUGGACAGCAAAAGUGGCAGCGAAUGACGAAUGUCUUUGAUGCCGCCUUGUUUUGCUACCUUCCCUUUUUUUUCAACAGGAUGAAUUUCCUUUGUUGAAAGGAAAACAUGGAAUCAAAGAUGGAACCUCCCCACUUUAGAGCCGGAACUCUGUGGGCUCAAAACGCUGCGGGCUCAAAACGGUAUUCCAUACAGUGAUGUAUUAUGGGUUAAUUUGAAGUAGAAAAAACCCUACUUGUACACAGAGUCAUUUUUACUUUAGAAUCACAACUGAAGACGUGGUACACCAUUUGCUCGACAUCUGCCAUUUAAAGGCUAGCGUUGUCACGCUUCGCACAAACUGCCGAAGACCCGACCCAACCGAACCAAUGACAACACACCAAUUUUUACUCUGAAAGCUACACGCUCUGAAAGCUACACGGGCAGUCUUUCGCACAACAAGCCGCGGCAUGCUGCAGGGUAGCCAGACAACCACGACAGCCCCUCUUUCGCGACCGGAGUGCCAAUAGCGAUUUGCACCCUUCGAGCACGGCACCCACGGCACUUGCCCACGCGACCUUCCUUCUAUACUUCCUCACUAAAAAAUAUGAUGCCUCCAACGAUCACUCUCCCAAGAUUCGCUCUUCCAAUAUCCACCGGACUAUUCCUCAGAAGAAGAAAAUGCGGAAAGGUGGACAGGUCUCCGUUGUUAAUUAAUUAAUUAAACAAUGCCUUUCGCGCCCCUGCCACUCCCACCACAUCCACCGCGCCAGUGGGCUACUGGGGAAAUAGUCCAUCAUUUGCCGAUAUGAUUGCGUAGGGUAGUGGUCUACUGAGGGUCUAUCAGGCGUCGCGGUACGCGCCUUUGGUCUGCUGCUGCGUGUCAGGCUGUGCCGUUGUGUGUGGGACAGUUGCUGUGUGUGUGUUCGGCGUUCGGAUUCAAAAAGGGUCUGUAAGGAUUGGUUCCGGAGGCGUUUUGAGGGCAGGCCGAUUCCGCUCUACCCUCGAGGGCGGAAUCCCGGGCGCUGCGAAAGGAAAGUUGUCGGGGUUGCCGCCAAUGGUAUAUGACAUAAAUUUUAUGUCAUAUACCAUUGGUUGCCGCUGUCGUGUGCGUGUCUCUGCCCUGUGGACCAGUCGCGUCAGAAUCGCUCUUCAUUGACCAAUCAGAGAGCUUUACUUUGCUUUGCAUCGUAAGGCAUCCACGGUGUGGAACACCUGUGCGCUGCACUGGCCAAUCACAGAGCCGUAUUUGCUCUGCAUCGCGCGCGCAAGAGUGCAUCGCGCGAGGCGCGGCAUCAGACCUCGCAUUUGUAUCGUACUACUGCUGUGUUGUUAUCCCCCCUGAGGAUGCUCUUCUCUGCGACUAGUCGGCAGAGAUGCUGUCUCAAUGAGCCCAAUAGAGUGUGGCACAAGCAAGGGGAGGAGAAAGGCGAAGGACUGCGAGGCCAUGUCUAGUGCGAUUGGCACAUCGGUCGGGCAGUCGCACGGCCGGGGCGUUCGAGCGCAGCUAUCUUCUCCAUCGCCUGCACAGAACACGGCUUGCUUCCCGCGUCGACCGCGUAGCCUAUGAUGGCCAGGCUCUGUGCUGCUGCUAGUCCUGGUUAAUGGAUGGACUUGUUGCUGCAGCACAGCAGCAAAACCUUCUAUGACAAGAGGUGCCCAACGUUCAAUGCGGACGGAUGUGCGUGGAGACAUCAGCAACAUACCCGACUGCGCGCUAUGGAGGGCGCUGCCUCCGGGAAGACAGCGCUGCAUGUCUGCGGUUAUCAGCUGGUGGUUGUAGCAGCAUGAAUUCCACCAGCAUGGCAGGCAAUCAAUGAGCCCGAACUUGGCGCAAGGAUGUUGCGAUAGGCAGAAACCGGAUGAGGGGUGUGGGGUGGGUGGGUGGGUUGAGAAUUCCGAUGCUCUGCUGUCCAAGAAGAACGGGAACCAGCGUUGGUGCAUUGAAGAGUUUUCGGCAUGCGUCUCUACCGCAGCCCGUGUGCUGUCCUCCACCGAGAUAAUGCGUGCAGAACAUGGGGUAUGAAUGGUGUCGAGUGUUGCCUGCGUCGCAAGCAGGUGUUUGUGGGUGUCGUUCGAGUGACCGUUGAUGUCUUUGUUGGCAACUGAGCUGCGUUGGCAUGGGCGGGGUUCGAUGAACCAACCAAACAUGAGGAUGGCAUAAGGAUAGCGAAAAUUGGUACGAACACACGUUCGAGGGUCAAUUGCAAGCCACGGUGCCCAAUGUUGCGCACUCGCCGAGCUGUUUGGCAUGGUUGGAGCGUCCGUUAACUUGGUUAUAUUUUUCUUCUCUGGCCGGAGUUUCUGUUGACGCGUGUUGGACACGGGCGCAACGAAAGGAGGUCAACCGACGGAGGAGGCAUGCAUAGGCCACAGCCGACGGGA